CGUCUGACAAAUGUCAAUUGUCGUAAUGUUAUCGUUUGUAAAUUUUUUUGGUUAGUUGGAGUGUAGGCUCAAACGGUUUUUUAAUAAAUAUCACUAUUAUCAGUUUGAAUAAUUCGAUGCUUUGCUCCUAAGACUAACCGGCAAAAUGACCUCACCUCAUAAAGGACCCAAGCCUAAUUCGGUUCAGGAUAUUAAGGAUAAGGGAGAAAAUUUCGAGUUUUCUGUUGAUAUCACAGGCCAGACGGUUAUAAUCCAUUGCAAAGAGGGUACUCAUAGUCAUGGCAGUUCUAAAGUAAAAUUGACUGAUUGGAUCGACUACAACUGGGAAUUUCGAUACUACCAUGGUCAUCUUAUUGCAGCCCACAUAGGUGGAAAGGUUGUCGCUUAUGGAAUGAAAGUCAAAGAUGGCGGCAAUGUCAGGGUUAUGAAUCAAGAAACGAAUCAGAAAGUUCUGAUUAAGAAUAUGAAGGAGGAUAUCAAAGAUGUAUCUUUUGCUUUUUCUAGGGAUGACAUCAUAUUAGGUUGUGUCGAUAGUGAAGGGAAUAUAUUGGUUUAUCAAAUUGAUGACACCCCAAAAAGCAUGUCAUUCACCCUGUUGUUACACGUUCAUCAUCUGGAUGAUAAUAGGAUAAGCAACAACUUCAGACUGAUUUGGUGUCCGUAUUUACCCAGUUUUGAUGAUGACACAGACACAAGCGAUGACCCAGAAAAGAUGUUUGUUGUUCUAAAUGGGACUCGAGCUGAAGUCUAUAACGUUACCAUGCUGACAGAUAAGUAUGGAAAAGGCGGUCCCAUCGAUCCUGAUGAAACUUAUGACGGUUACAUUGAGAUCAACCACACAUCUGAAGUUGUGGAUGCUUCUUUCUCGGCAGAUGGAACUGCCAUAGCUAUUGCGUGUGCUGAUGGUUAUGUCAAAUUCUUCCAGCUCUACAUGUUCAAUGAUGAGAAGCAGAAGUGUCUGCAUGAAUGGAGACCGCAUGAUGGCGCUCCACUCUCCUCCAUUAUUUUCAUCGAUAAUGUUUUGGAAUACAGUUCAGAGUGUUGGAAGUUUACCAUAACAGGAGCUAACAAUAAUUCCGAGAUCAAGUUAUGGUCAUGCGAAAGUUGGACAUGCCUUCAAACCAUCCACUUCAAACCUGAAUCAUCAAACCUCAUCAUGAGCUUGUAUCUGAAUAUGUCUAUCGACUACACUGGCCAGUAUUUGACAAUAUCUGAUAUAAACAACAGAGUACUGUACGUUUUGCAACUGAACAGGAACGAUAAGGAGCAAGUGGUACAAGUUACUAUGCUCUCCCAAUUUCUCUUGAAAGAUCCAUUUCUCAGUUGUCACAUUCUUAAAGCCGAAACACGGACAGUAUGUUCCUCCUACGGUAACAGCAAUGAGGAUCUGUCAGAAGACCGUGAAGACUACGAUGAAGAGUCUGAAGGAACUGCUGCAUGUUUGAAGAUGGUAGUGAUCCAACCUAAAAAACUCCAGCAUUGUAAUAUUAUUUUCCAACCAAAGAACUUACUGUAUAAGAACCUUCCUUCUCCCAAAAGUAUUUCAAGCGACAAAAUUGACGAGAAAGAAAAAGUUCCCAAACUCGGUGACCUACACGAAUCGGUGAAUCUAUUCAUACAGCAACAAAGCAAUUCAACUGUGACACUCAUGACUCCCGAUGAUUUCACUCCUCCAGGACAUAGAACACGACCAAGCAGCGUGAGGAAUGAUAGCUCGGUGUCUUUGGAGAAACCUGCCAACGAAAUAAAGGAGCCUCCUGUUGAAAACCUCAUAGAUUUCCAAAGACCUCAGAAAGACCACUUCCCCAGUGGAGGGUCAAGCCCUAGCCGCGAGGUGCAGGAAAUUCUCUCUUUGAAUAAUUCGUCAUACAGCAACCAAGACUUCUUCGAUAGCUUACCUAACAUGAAAGAGGAACAAGAAGAGCCUCAGAAGGAUUAUUCGAAUCAGAACAGCACUACAACAUACCAAGAAAAUUUGGUGAACGAACUGGUUUGGCCAAAAAUACCGGUUGUAGAAGAAAAAGAUAUCAAUGCAGAGGACAAGUCUCAAAUGCAAGCUCUAAGCUUCCGAUUAACCGCUUUAGAAAACAUCAUACAAGAACAAAACACUCUCCUUCAGAAACUGCAUGAAGAAAGGCUGGAUAAAAACGAAUUGCUGAAAGAAUUUGAUUGUGGCCGAUCGAAGCAGCAGCUACAAAUUGCUAAGAUGCUCGAGAACCUCAUCAACUUGCAGAAGGUUAGGGACAGAGAAAUGCAGGAACAUAUCGUCUCUGCUGUUGGUCAGUUGUUCACUAAGUCUUUGUCGGAGAAAAUGCAGCAGAUUGUGUCGCAAGAGAUGCAUCAUGUUGUUCUGCCAGCCAUACACAACAUGAUCGAAUCGUACAGGCUUCAAGUGGAUUCUACAUACUUGGAAAAAGUGGCCAAUACCGAUAAAAUGUUGAAGGAAAAUGUUUGGAAAUCUUUCAACAGUAAGGCCCUUGCAGAUACUCUCAGUGUUUCAGUCGUGAACAUCGUGGCACCUAGUUUAGAAAAAUGCUACCGCGACAUUAUAACAUCUACUUUGAUACCGUCCUGGGAGAGGGUGUGCGGUCAAAUGUUCCAACAAAUUAACGAAACUUUCACACGCGGCACCAAAGAAUACACAGCCUCUGUUGAAGCUUACAUGGACAAGCAAAGGAGGGUUCAAGAUAAAGGCAAAGACCUCAUCGUGCAGAUGCAAGCUGUUUCUGAUACCAUGAAAAUUAACAGCGAUAAGAUGACCACCACUGUCAGUUCUGAGAUACAGAAGCAGUUCAGCCUUGUUUUUAAAAGCAUGCAAGAUAAGCUGAUAUCCAACAUGAAAGAAGUUGUUAGUGAACAGGUCAAGCAAGGCUUCAAGAGCCAUGCUACCGUUAUUGAAGAUAGCGUAAUGAACGCUGUUCGUUCCAGAGCCGUAACUCCGUCUCCACAUGUUGAUUCACACGCAGUAACUCUAAGCCAAAUUCAGCAGAACCUUUCUAGAGGCAAUUUCGACGAAGCAUUCCAGAUGGCUUUGAGCGCUGAAAAUUUAGGUUUUGUUAUUUAUGUGUGCGAGAGGGUUGAUAUUCAAACCUUAUUUGGAGAGGACUGUAUACUUCAACAGAGUUGCAUUCUUGCUCUGAUCCAGCAGCUGAGCGUUGAACUGAGUAAGCAUACUGAUCUGAAGUUAAGUUACAUUCGAGCAGCUUUUCUGUCCCUGUCUCCAGAUUGUACCAGCACUAAACAGUUCAUUCCUAAAGUGUUGAAAGAUUUAUUGAAAAAUUUGAACAUAUUUAUUCAAUCUCAUCCGCCUCUAAAGCAUCUUAAAGAGGCAAAACUCCUCAAAAUGGCUGUGGAAAGUAUGUUAGUUAAGUGAGAGCUGAUAUAGUUUAAAGUGUUACGUUUUGUCGAUAAUAUUUUUAUGUUCAUUGUAAAAAAUUUGAUUUGAAUCCAAGAUUUAUUUUUGUAUUUCUUAAUUUACCCGUAAUGAACAUUUUUAUUUUUAGUUCUUAGAUUAGCAAAGAAAACAUGAAAAGAUUAAGACUGCUAGGUCUACUAUCCUUAUUUGAACUUUUUAUUAAAAUUGACCGAUAUUA